AUGCUGGAGAACAAUCCAGAGGUGAUGAACACCCUGGCCAAAAAGAUGGGACUCUCCGAUGACCUAAAGUUCUACGAUGUCUACUCGCUGGACGAGCCUGCCCUGCUCGCCCACAUCCCACGUCCGGCCUACGCCUUGCUCGUCAUUGUCCCGAUGACUCCGCAGUGGAAGGAGGACCGCGAGGCAGAGGACGCAACGCUCGGCGACCCGGUCAAAUACUACGACGGCGGAGCGGCGGGUAAGGGGGACGAACCCGUUAUCUGGUUCGAGCAGGUCAUCGGCGACGCCUGCGGCUCGUACGGCUUUCUACACUGCGCCAUCAACGGCGCCACUCCCAAGUUCAUUCUUCCCGGAAGCACUCUUGAACAACUGCGCAACGAUGGCAUUCCCUUGGCCAAGGAUGAGCGGGCUCAGCUGGUCCAUGAUAGCGAGGGGUUUGAGAAGGCCCACGAGGCUGUGGCUGGGAUGGGCGACACCCCCGAGCCCACUCGUGGACACUCGGAACAUGGCGGCCACUUUAUCGCCUAUGUCAAGGCGAACGGCCACCUCUGGGAGCUGGAGGGUUGCCGGGGUGGACCACUAGACCGAGGCGAGCUUGGAGAAGACGAGGAUGUUCUAAGCCCGCGGGGGCUAGAGCUCGGCCUGAAGCGCAUCAUUAACCUCGGCGGAACUCCUGGCGAGCGUGACCUCCGCUUCAGCUGCAUAGUUCUUGCUCCGAAGGAAACUUGA